CUCUUGCUUAAAACUUUAGAAAUCGAUUCUUAACUCCUUCCUUAACUCCAAUUGUGUGCGACUUCCAAAACUAUUCCGAGAAUUCAUCAUGCCUUCCAACAAGAUCUGGCUGCGCGCCGAAACUAAGCCCGCCGAGGCUCGGUCCGCUUUGACGCCUACUACUUGCAAGGCACUUAUUGACGCCGGGUAUGAGGUCACCGUUGAGCGCUCUACUCAGCGUAUCUUUGACGAUGAGGAAUUCGCCAAGGUUGGAGCACCUCUGGUAGAAGAGGGUUCAUGGGUGAAGGAUGCUCCUAAGGACGCCUACGUCUUGGGCCUUAAGGAAUUGCCUGAAGACGACUUCCCGCUCGAGCACGUUCACAUCUCUUUCGCACACUGCUACAAGCAGCAGGGUGGCUGGGAAAAGGUUUUGAGCCGGUGGCCUCGCGGUGGCGGUGUUCUCCUGGACCUCGAGUUUCUUCAGGAUGAAUCUGGACGCAGAGUAGCAGCAUUCGGAUGGUCUGCUGGUUAUGCUGGUUCCGCACUGGCUGUCAAGAAUUGGGCAUGGCAGUUGACUCACCCCGAGGGCGAGCCCUUGCCUGGAGAGACGCCUUAUGCCAACCAGGAUCUUCUGAUUAAGUCUGUCAAGGAGUCGUUGGAAGCUGGAAAGAAGCAGUCUGGCCGCUCGCCCAAGGUGCUUGUUAUUGGAGCUCUUGGACGUUGCGGCAACGGUGCCGUCCAGCUGGCUAAGGAUGUUGGCAUUCCCGAGUCCGACAUCAUUCAGUGGGAUAUGGUGGAGACCAAGAAGGGCGGUCCUUUCAAGGAAAUCAUUGAAGACGCAGACAUCUUUGUCAACUGCAUUUACCUGUCCUCUCCCAUCCCACCUUUUGUCACUCCUGAGACUCUCGCUACGCCCAACCGCCGCUUGUCGGUCAUUUGUGACGUGAGCGCCGACACUACAAACCCCCACAACCCUAUUCCCGUUUACAAUAUCACAACUACCUUUGACAAGCCUACGGUACCCGUCACCCUGCCGGCUGGUGCCCAGGGCCCACCUCUGAGUGUGAUCAGUAUCGAUCACCUUCCCUCUCUCCUGCCCCGCGAGAGUUCCGAGCAGUUCAGCCAGGCUCUGCUCCCUAGCUUGCUUCAGCUCAAGGACCGGGAAAAUGCCCGCGUCUGGAAGCAAGCUGAGGAUCUGUUCCAGGAGAAGGUCGCAACCCUGCCUGAGUCUUUCCGCGCAGUGAUGCAGGAGAAGUCAACGACAGUCGCCGCAUACGCGGCUGGAGCGUCUCUUGCGGCCGUCGCUCUCUUUUAUGUAUUUGGGCCCAACUACACAAUUGAUGGAGACGAGUCAAGCGACAGCGGUCGCAAGAAGAGCAUUGUGGGCUUAUCGAAUCCCGCCAAUGACUGCUUCAUCAAUUCCGUGCUGCAAGCUCUUGCGGGCCUCGGCGAGCUGCGAGUGUACUUGAUCAGAGAGCUUCAUCGACGUGAGUUGGACGGCUCAGAGAUCUACAGUCUCCUACCACCGCUGGACGAAAUCCCUCGGGAUGCGAAGCCGGACAGGGUACGAGAAUUACAGCAGGGGACAAUUACCAGGGCACUCAAGGAGAUGCUGGAUCGCCUAAAUGAGCGCCCAAUAUACAAGAAGACGAUAUCCGCGCGACCAUUCAUUCAUUCACUCGAAUACGCUUACCGGACACGGAUCAGUCGCAGCCAACAAGACGCGCAGGAGUUCCUGCAGAUCGUGGCAGAGAGGUUGUGUGACGAGUUUCAUGCGGGAGUCAAGGCUCGACUGCGGGCGAAAGGCAGAAUUGAGCCUUUGAAGGUUGACAACUCGAACCAUGUUACGCCAGCAAAAAGUCCCACGGAUAUUGAAGUGCGCAUUGAUGAUGGCUCCCCAAAUGGACUCCCAGCAAUCAUCGAUACUAAGCUCAAGGAGAUUGAGAAUGAACAUAGCUUCCCUUUCGAGGGGAAGCUCGAGUCUCAGAUCGAAUGCCAGUUUUGUCAUUACAAGUACAAGCCGAAUCAGACAUCAUUCGUCAACUUGACGCUUCAGGUUCCUCAGAAGAGCUCAACCACACUCAGCGCCUGUUUCGAUGGUCUGCUUAAGACUGAGUAUAUCGACGACUUCAAGUGCGACAGGUGUCGACUGCAGCACGCUCUGGAUAUCAAAACGCAUGAUCUGACUAAGGCAGGCUCGGGAGGGGAAAGGCAACGACUUGAGGACGAAAUCGAGCGUAUACAGAGUGCCAUCUCUACAGACCCAGAAGGCAGCUUAGAAGGUGUCAGUCUGCCCUCUUCAGAGCUUGCACCGAAACGAAAAAUUGCGCGACAUAUGCGGAUUGUUGCAUUUCCCAAGAUCAUUGCCAUUCACCUUUCCAGAUCCAUCUUUGAUCAGAGCAGUUCGUCUAAGAACGCAGCAAAGGUUUCUUUUCCUGAACGUCUUCCCCUAGGCGGAAUCCUGAGCCAGAGAUGGUAUCGACUGCUGGCGAUAGUCUGCCAUAAAGGCAGCCAUAAUAGUGGACACUAUGAGUCUUUCCGCCGCAAUCAUCUUUAUGCGCCGUUCUCGACUCCUGAUGCAUUUAGUUCAUAUGCUCAGAGCCGAGCAGUCAGUGAGAAUACUUCUGAGGCACCCAGUCCGAAGCUGGGGCCUCGUCAAACUCCAGGGCCUGAGCUUUCUGCGCUCAGUAUCUCGACGUCGUUAGAGCAGCCGAGCCAAUCAUCGCAAUCUUCUCCAGCCCCUUCACGCUCCACUUCCAGCAAAGAGUCGAAAACGUCGUCUCAACUGCAUAACCCCUUAUCUCCGACUACCCGUCCUACCACGUCGAGCUCGCGGCUUUCGUUUCAGAGCAAUCGUUCUCGCUCGAGUACAUCCAAGCAAACUCUUUCGCCCGACUCUGAUCCACUCAGUCCAUCGAAUGAUGGUGGACGCUGGAGCAAGACAUUUUCCCGGACCUCUCUGACUAGUGAGAAAAGCACGCAGCCGAAGCAACCUACAGAAACAUCGGCAGCUUCCAGCUUCCGACAACGCCGCCGCCGUAAGCAAAAUGAUAGAUGGUGGCGCAUCUCCGACGAAAAAGUCAAGGAAUGUAAAACAUCUGAUGUUUUGGGCAUGCAGAAAGAGGUUUAUCUUUUGUUCUAUGAGUUGGAAAGGCCAAACAAUAGUGCUUAG